ACGUCGAGGGGCGAAACAACAAAUCAAACUGAUUAUCUGCAGUGUAAUUCAUCACAGCCAUGAGCAUGCUGUAAUUGAAUAGCAUUUUUAGUAUAUCUAAUGGUCGAUUUGUUCGUUAGGUAAAAACAGAUAUUUUGAUCUGUCGUUUUAACGAGGCAGAGUACAGAAAAGGAUCCCUCCUAAAAAUGAUACCGCCCACCCAAGUGACGUAGGUCCUGCUUCGCUUAGCCUAUGCCAUUUUGGAAGGCCCUACGUGGUGUCGUCUGUUUUCGCCUCGUGGAAAAACAUUCACUUUUGCCGAGUGUCUUGCUUUACUCGUGAGUCGAGAAGAGUCGUUUGCAAAAUUUUUGAAACGUUUCAAGUUUUCGAACAUUAGUUUGUGGGGGAAAUAGUUUUGUCAAGUUUGUUCCCGCCGGCGGAGAAGCACAUUGGAACUGUUGUCAUCCGGUGUUGACGACACAGAUCGCUGUCCAGUCUUGCAUCGAACAAAGGAAGAACAAAGCUGAUGUUCGUCCUGUAGCACAAUCUAUGGGAAUUAUUGAAGAGAGUUGGUAUUAAACAUAUCGUGGCGUGGUUGUGUGAAGAGACGUUAAGUUGAGAAGUUUUUCUCCGUCAGACAACCAACAGAUUGGGCUGACUGAUUCAGCUCUGUUAGCAUCAGCCAAGGUUAGCCGGACAAACAGGGGGCUAACCGCUUUUCUGUUUUCAUUCAGAAAAUAAGUUGUGUCUUAAAUACAAGAAUGGCGGAGGGGUACAUUCGGGUGGCGGAAGAGGAAAACGAGGAGCCCAUGGAGAUCCCGGCCGAGGACGACGGCACGGUUCUGCUGUCAACAGUAGCGGCUCAGUUUCCAGGGGCCUGCGGCCUGCGGUUCAGGAGCCCCGUGUCUCAGUGCAUGCGUGGAGUGCGUCUCGUCGAGGGGGUCCUGCACGCGCCAGAAAAUGGAUGGGGGAACGUUGUAUACGUAGUGAACUACCCAAAAGAUAACAAAAGGAAAAUGGAUGAAAUUGAUGCCUCUUCGGCUGUGAAGAUGAAGAGGGGAGACAUGAAGACCUCUGACCUGAUUGUUCUGGGUCUGCCCUGGAAAACGACUGAACAGGACCUGAAAGACUACUUUAGCACAUUUGGAGAAGUUAUAAUGGUCCAGGUUAAACGAGAUGCUAAGACUGGUAACUCCAAAGGAUUUGGUUUUGUGAGAUUCACAGAGUACGAAGCUCAGGAAAAAGUGAUUUCCCAGCGCCACAUGAUUGAUGGGAGAUGGUGUGACUGCAAGCUUCCUAACUCGAAGGUGAAUAUGCAAGGUCCCGAUGAGCCUCUGAGGAGCCGGAAAGUGUUUGUCGGACGCUGCACAGAGGACAUGACCACAGACGACCUUCGGCAGUUUUUCAUGCAGUAUGGAGAAGUCACAGACGUCUUCAUCCCCAAACCAUUCCGGGCUUUUGCCUUUGUGACAUUUGCAGAUGAUCAGGUCGCCCAGUCUCUCUGUGGAGAGGACCUUAUCAUCAAAGGAGUCAGUGUUCACAUCUCAAACGCUGAGCCCAAACAUGGCAAUAGGCAGUUUGACCGUACGGCCCGGUUUGGGAACGGUUUCGGGGCCCAGGCGUUCGGUAGCAACCGUAGUGGGUUGGGGAGCAGCGCUAACAGUAGUCUGGCUAACUUCGGGUCGUUUAGCCUGAACCCCGCCAUGAUGGCCGCUGCUCAGGCUGCUCUGCAAAGUAGUUGGGGUAUGAUGGGUAUGCUGGCGAGCCAGCAACAGACGUCCACCUCAGGCAGCAGCUCUAGUGGGACCAGUUCGAGCAGGGACCAGGGUCAGUCUUUCAGCACAGGCAACAGCAACUACGGCACCAGCUCGGCCAGUCUGGGCUGGGGCUCAGGGUCAAACUCUACGACCAGUGGCAGCGGGUUUAGCUCAGGGUUUGGGUCCAGCAUGGAGUCAAAGUCCUCUGGGUGGGGUAUGUAAGUUAAGUGUUUCUAUGGUAAGUAUUGUGAGAGAGAUAAGUCUUUUCAAAAGUUUAUUUCUGGUGUUGAUGCGUAUCUGAAAACUAAACACUUUGGUGAAAGACGUUUUGUACAUUUGGAGAAAAAAAAAAUGCUAAAGAUCUAAUUUAGGAACUGUUGAAGUGAAUUGUUUACCAGGAUCUCUGACUAAAGUGCUAUUUUUGCUGUCUUGUUUGUUUGUAUCCAUUUCAACUGGAUUCUUUAAUGCAUGUAUUGUGAAAUGUGAUGCCCAUUUAGAAAAUGCAUGAAUGUCUGCGGUUCACCAUGGCUUUUGUCACCAUCGGCUUGAGAGGCAAUCUUGCAUUGGAAAGAAUCUGGUUGAAACUUAAAUGUCUUUUUUUUUUUUUUUUUUUUUUUUUUAAGUGCAACUUUAUUUGCAGUCAAGUUCUGUGGAAAAGCCUUCACUGAAAUCUCUUCUGCAGUUCACCUCUCUUCCAUUUCCCCGCGACGAAGCUCCUCUUUGGCAGCAUUCUUGGGGUGAUACCCGUAUCAUUCUCCCUCUUCCCACCUGUAAAUGCUAUGCCAUCAAAGAACGGCCUCACUCCGCAUGUUCUAAAAGACGGUGGGUGUUUUCACUUUUAUCCACUUUUUUAAGAGAGCAAAAAAAAAAAAAAAAGGAGAGAACUGCGCAACUGACAUUUUAAGAACUGAUGAGUGCGAUUGAGGAUGGCUUGUGGCGAGGAGUGAAGCUAUGAGUGAGCGAACGGAGAGAGACGCGUGGAAAGGACUGGUUGUGCGGUGGUAGAGCCCAAUUUGACUGCUUUUCUGAGUGUGUGAGUGGAAGCUGCGGAUGCGACGAGCGCCUCCCCCUAACAUGGACAUUCUUUAAUUAGUACUUCAAGAUUUGUCCCUUUUUCUUUUUUUUUUUUCUUUGCAAGUUUUUUCCUUCCUUCUAAGUAUGUCUAAGUGCAGAAAUAUAAAACCUGUAGUGGAAUGUUGUGAUGAAUAUUUGUAUUGCUUAUAUUAUCUGAUUUGAAUGCUGUAUGGUGUGUGCUUUCAUGUUAAUUGAACUGAUCUGUAAGUGUGUUCUUGAUGUGGAUGACACCUGCUGAAGACUCUGGGGGGCCGCGAGUGAGGAUGUGAGAACGUGGAGACGUGUGUGUCCAAUGGUGCCCGGUAGCUCUUUGUUGUUUGUGAGGUGUUUUUAACAAGAAAAACAUGUCAAAUGAAGGGAGUUCUCUAAUAAAGUUCAUUUGAAUAGUUACUUAGCUGAAUACUGCUUGAGUCGGUUUGUGGAAUCCAAAGCAUCUAAUUCGAUUCACAUAUCUAGGGACCUUGGGCUCUGCUGGUCGAGGUCUCCGUUUGAACCCUGACCUGAAGGAAGAAGAUGGAAGUUCCAACACUUUCAGUGUGUGGCCUUCUCAGACAUGACAUGGGGUAGUACCUGUUCUUUUGCUGCUUCUGUUGGCUCUUUAGAGCACAUUCCCUAUUAUAACCAUCAACUUUGAAGGUUUGUGGUAAGUUAUUUUAACAAACAUGCACCCACUUAUCUGGCUUUUAUUAGUUUUCUCCUAAAAUGAUUUAAAGGAAAUAUAAUAUUAAUAAUAUUGCAUUUGGACAAUUUCUUUGUUUGUAGAGAUGCACCGAUGUGAGAUGCAGUUGCUGAAUUUCGAUCAAUUAAGCUCUGACCUACUGAUACUAAUAUAGAUUUUUUUCAGAAUCGGAUCUUUCUUUUACAUUUAAGAAUGACAAAUCAGUCUUCAAGUUUCUGAAUGUAAAGAAAAUUAAACCGUUUCUCCUAAGAGAUUUCGUUACCCCCUAAAAGAAGCAGCCUAAAUGAUAAAUUUUGCUGCAUGAUAAAUGGCAUUAGUAGUUAUUGCAAUAAAUGUUAAAGUUUAUUGUUCUCAAAAAUACAAUAUUAAUUUUCAAAAAACACUGAAACUGAAAGACAUUUUAAAUAUCCAAACUAAUAAUGAAAAACGAUAAACGAAACAGAACUUAAAAGCACACAACCAAAACCAUAAAUAAACAAAAUUUUCUCUAUAAACAAAAUUGGCCUUCAGAAAAUAUUAUUGAAAAUUAUCGAGCUCAUUUUUAAGCCAAAAUUUAGGAAGUUUCAUCACUUAAAGAUUGUUGGAUGUAAAAUCCAAAUAUAAAAAAAUGUAACUCAUUCCUCAUUUGCUUCCUUGCAAGACUUUGUUAAAUAUAAAGGUAAUAAUAUAUAUAUAUAAUUUUUUUUUUUGCAAAAUCCAUUCAAAUCAAAUAUCCAACCAAAUUAGAUUGUUUAUGUUUAAGUCAGAACUCAGUCUUCAUGUCCCUGGUGUCCUGCAGCUUUUAGACGUUCCCUCUAACAUCUGAUUCAAGUGGCCGAAAUGCUUUCUCAGCAUUCAUUCAACUUUGUUAUCCUGUUAAUGACCUAAAUCUUUAAGAUGGGAAUGCAUCUAAAAGUUGUGUGGCAUUGGCCCUUGUGGACUGGAGUUUGAAGUUACUGGACUAAGUUGUUCAUUUGCUCACUGAAUAUUGUCUGAAGUUUCACUCCCUCCAUCAUGUCUGUGGAAAGUGUUUUUCACCUUCUAUAAGGAUGGUAAAACUUCACUCGCUCUGGAAACCUCCCCCC